UCGCAAUUAAAAGCUUCCGUCGCUUUCGAAAUUUCAGCUCAGUGUUGUUUAGCUAAUAAGUCGAGCAAUAGUUCCGAUAUACAAAGCAUAUGUGAUUGAAGGGUUAUAAGAAAAUGGAGCGUUGGAAUAAUAAAGUUGCUGUUGUAACAGGUGCUAGCUCAGGUAUUGGUGCUGCUUGCUGUAAAACUUUGGUUACAAAGGGCAUGAUAGUUGUGGGCUUAGCGCGACGCUUUGAACUUAUGGAAAGUGAACUUCGAGCAAAAUUACCCUUAGAAUUAAGAGACCGCUUUUAUCCAGUGAAGUGUGAUGUCCGACAGGAGGAAGAUAUUAUCAGAAGCUUUGCAUGGGUAGAGCAAACACUUGGUGGUGUUGAUGUUUUAGUAAAUAAUGCUGGUAUAGCGCGUCAAACACAAAUUGUAGCGCCACAAAAUACGGCGGAUCUAAGAGCUGUGGUUGAAACAAAUAUUAUGGGCGUGGCACUAUGCACGCGUGAAGCAUUUCGUUCAAUGAAAAAUCGUCGAGUGGAUGGUCAUGUGGUUGUGAUUAAUAGUUUAGCCGGCCAUAGCGUAGUGCAGGUGCCAGGCUUCAGUUAUAAUAUAUAUCCACCUACGAAACAUGCUAUCACCGCUAUGACAGAAGUAUUGAGGCAAGAAUUUUUACUGCAUGAAACAAAAAUUAAAAUAACCAGCAUUAGUCCCGGUGCUACUGAUACGGAUAUCUAUGGUGAUAAAGGUAAUAUAGCAACUGAUAUUCCUUUGCUUGAUCCUGACAAUGUUGCCGAUGCAAUAGCUUAUUGUAUACAAACGCCGCCUCAUGUGCAAAUACAUGAGUUAACCAUAAAGCCCGUGGGGGAAAAAUUUUGAGAAAACAUGGACUCCUGAAUACCCCCAUGCUUCUUAUGUUGAUAAAAAAAAAACGUAUUUAUUGUGUUUCUAUUCAUUUACGC